UGGCGACGGCGACGGCUUCACGGUGGGGGUCCGCCGCCGCGUUAUCAAAGAGUCCGCCGCAAUACUGCACGCAGUACUACCCGUGACGUUGCGCCCGUCGGACACGCGUGUUUUACGGUUUUUUUUUGAUCCCAUCUCCUCAUUACGACUACCCCCGUCGGAUGCACUUGGUCUAGGUCUAAUCGGCCAGUUCCGCCGCCGGCGGGUAAAUUCUCCCAACAGUGAAUCGCGAGUGUCGUAAAAAUACAGAAAAUCGAAUAAACAUUAUUUUUUUUCGAUCGACAAAUAGCGUAAAUCUUUUAAUAUAUACAUACAUUUAUAGUACUGCAUCGAAUGUCGUUUAGUCGCGUUUUCAUGGUACAGCAAGUAAUGAUCCGGACUUGGCGGCCGACCGCGGAUUGUUGACGACCGCCGCCACCAAUCCAUAUUACCAUAACCGUGGGUGUGCAUUGCAGCUACAUCAAAUCGCGUCGCGGACUUUUUGAGGAUCGACGUCGCUCAGGACUGAAAAUGUCUAAAAACGGCGACGUGUCACUGCCACUACGGCUUUUGUUGCUGUCGUCGGCCUUGGCGACGGCGGCCGUAGCCCAGUCGAACUACGAUCAGGUUGAAAACAGCAUCGAUUUCCCGAGUCCAGACCGGGGCCUGCCCGAGUCCACGGUGCUGGACGGCAAGGUCACCAAGCUGGACGAAUUGUCGCCAGUGAUAUUUCUGAACAGGACCAAAGCGGCGCUAAACUGUGCCGCCGGAUUUAUGCAGAUUGAACUCAAGUUCGAAGAACCGUUCUAUGGUAGGGCUUACGCGGACUUCGACCGGAGCAGCGCUUGCAUGGUGACUGGAAAAGGUAACAACUCGGCCAGGAUCGACUUGCCGCUAAAAGGAUGCGGUACAAGACAAGAUCCACAAAGAGUUUUUACCAACAACAUCGUAGUCAGGUUCCACCCCUUCCUAGAAAUGGACGGUGACGAAGUGGUAACUAUAGUGUGCAGGUAUCCACCACCCAUCGCUCCACCGCCGGCUGGUAUUCCUAACAAAAUCAUUGAUUUACCGUCGACUCCACUGGAACCACCACUGAAGGGUUUCCAGAUCCUGCUGAUCGUUUGCGGCAUAUUGUUCCUGUCACUGGUCUUGCUGGGUCUUGGUUGUUCGUACUACUGCCUGCGCAACCAGCAAGUGCAGGUAGUUCGCCGGCACCCACUAUCGUCUGUUGGGUCUGAUAAACUGUCUGACUCCAGCUUGUCGAUGUUCGAUGGCCUGAAGAUACCACGGGCUCGAGCCCCGACCCUGGACAGCUCUUCUGGUUCGGAAAUGGCUCUGGUCAGCGCUGGCGACACGCUGCCCAGUGACUAUCCGUCCGAAUCACCCAGUUCUGGACACUCAGAAGCGGAAGACGUGGACGGUCGCAGUUUGAGACGGUCACCAAGUUCCGGUGGAUCAUACGAGAAUCGGGCGUUCCAGCAAGAAUACUACGGAGAACGGUAUCAACACUUGCCUGCGCCGACCAUCACGCCACCGCCACCACCAGUCCAACCGAAGUUUGACGUUCAGCUCCGGGUGAAACGGGCCCCACCGCCCACGCCCAGCCCUACGCCACCACCGUCCGAGUCUGAGGCAAGCGUGGCGGCGUUGGAACGGAACCUGACCACCAUCCUUGAAAAGGACGAGACGAUGUCGACAACCACGACGACGGCAGGGGCCGAGGAACGGUAUCGACCGGUGUACUCGACGGUGGUGCGCAAGGACAGAGACGAGACCGAAUGGUAUAGGACGGAGGAGAACGUGAUGGCUACCAAUGAUGAUAUAAGAAGGUCACCGCCGCCACCCCCGCCACAGGUGCAACUGCAUACAAUGGACAACAACCAUCGGUAUGCCACCACGUCCAAGUACACGACCGAGAUGCAAAUGGACGUCGUCGAACCACCUGUGGUACCGACCAAACGUCCAGAAAUCACGUCACAUACAGUUGAUGACGUGUUCCUGAAGACGAUCACCGAGAAGAAAACAAUUGAGGAUAUCGAACGGCAUCGCCGCGAGGUGGUUGAGUACAAGCCACGACCAGUACCGCCGCCGGCCAGCUGGGACGUGACCAUCAAGAACUACCCGAACCCAGACGCGUUGUACCCACAGUCGGGUGAAGACACGGCAACGGAUUGGGAUAGUUACUCCGAGGCGUCUUCGGUGACUGGUUAUCCGCCGGCUGGCGUCGAUCGCCAGUCCAGGAUUCAGUCGUACAAUAGCAACAUGAUGUCAGCAGCAGCCACUUCUGAGGAGAAUAACAUCAGGUACCUAAGCACCAUGGACGUGCCUGUGCCCAGGCCAGACAAUUGGGAAUCGUUGGUCCGAGUCCUGGAACCGGAACCGGAGCUGGAACCCAACGCCAGGUACAGGGUCGAGCAAACACUGACGCUGGACGACAAACGUAAAUGGCGGCAGAUUAUAACCACUGAGUCGACGCUCCGGCAGCUCAUCACUGAGGCAACCGUUCGGGAGGACUUUGAGCGCAUCCGCAGCGAUCCCAAGUACGAGAGGAUAUUUGAACCAGAAAAGUGGGACGUUAUCAUACGCGUGAUCGCACCGCCACAGCACUACGACCAGAAGGCCGCUGGGUCAUCCAACAGGUACACCAAGAAGAAGACCGAGUUUGAAGGGGCCAGAACCAGAAGAAACUCGCUACCCACCGUCUACGAAUACGAUUCUGACGGUGGGUCUAGCGUGAGGACGUUGACUGCGGUCGACGACCAUGGCCCAAUGGGACCAGCCCGAUCCAGGAGAACAUCUAGAUCGAGCUUCAAAUCCGACAUGGAUGUCAGGUCGAUGAGCGAGAUGAUGGUGGACUUCCGACGACCGGAAAUUCCGGACAACUACAGUGACGUGAGCUCGGCGUACAACUACAACUACCAGCAGAACCAGCACCAGUACCAGUACCGCCGGGGUGGUUCGUCUUAUUACGUGGACGACGACGGCGGCAGUCUUGUCCGGUCACUCAGCCAACCAUCGCUGGCUCGCUCCGCAUCCGAGUUCACAGAGAACAACUGGGGACUCCGGAUCCGGUCGUACGAGGACGGAGAUGACCUGAGCAGCCCAGACCACACGCCCAGGUCUUCGUUCAGGUCAACUCGUGGUCCACGUCACCAGCAACAGCAGCUACAGCAGGAUCAGCACCAGCAACAGCAGUCGUAUUCCGCCGAGACGGAGUUCGACGGAUCUCGCACCACCGCCACGAGCACGCACGCCACUACGACUGGCCGGAGGAGGAUGUUCGGUGGUCGCACAGUGUCUGCGGCAGAAUGGUUCCACGACUCGGAUGAAAACGACGCCACUUACAGAUGAACGAAAACCACCCACACACCCGCCAGCUGCAGACAAUAUAAUAUAUAUAUAAAUAAUUUUAUAUAGCGAGAAUUUACCCUCUGCUGUACUCGCAUAUAUAUAUAUAUAUAUAUAAAUACUAAAUAAUGUGUACCUCAUACAUAUUCGAUAGCCCCUGCCUCCCCCCGACCCAACACUGUUCCAGCAAUUGUUUUGCAAUUCUUUUUCGAUUUUCGUUUUGUACGAUUAUUAAUUUUAUGAUUAUUAUUAUUAUUACUAUAUAUAUUAUUAUUAUUGUUAUUAUUUCGACGGGGCACAUUGUUUAGUGUGUGUCCCAGCUGGUCAGGUGCAAUAAUACGCGUACUAUACGUCAUAUAAUAAAUUAUGUCGAGUGAACCCUCCCUAAUCUCUCCCCACCCCUCUAACAGUGGCCCGUACGCAGCUCAUUAUAAUAUAUAAUAUAUAUAUAUAUGUAAAACCAUAUAUUAUAUCGCCCACACUACGACUCACGCGACAUAUUAUUAUUAUUUUGAUUGUCAUUAUAUUGAUUAAUUGUUUUAUUAAUUUUUACUAACUAUACUAUAUUCAUAUAAUAAUAUAUUAUACUUAUACGGUAGGUAAUACAUUAAACACGUGAAACAGACUAAAUAUCGAUGACCGUUACAUCGCCAUUGAUUGUACGGGAGCUUAUCGAUAUAAUAAUACAAUUAUUAUUAUUAUUAUUUUAACAAAGUUAGGUUUACAAUCAGGAUACCACGCGAUCCACAAUGUGCCAAACUAACUAAUAAUGUUAUAAUAUUAUAUAUUAUAUAAUAUUCAAGCCGCUGGACUCGUACUCGUUAUACGCAUACCGUUAUUCUACACAUGCGUAGCAGUAUUAAAAACAGAGUUUUUAUUCUAUCGUGAACACCUAGGGCUACCGAUUGCGAUAUCGUGAGAAAUCGUUUUUGUAAUAAUUAUUUUGUUAAUUUUUCAUAUAUUUUCUUAGACACUGCCUAUAGGUUCACGAUAAUAUAAUCACCCCUCGUACUGGUAAAAUUAUUAUAAUAUAAUAUUAUGCGCGCGUGUGUUUAUACGUUCCGACGUUGACACUUUUUUUUGUUUUUUUUUUUUUUAUCUUUCGAUUUUACACUCGUCGAUUUCGCUGCGAUAAAUCGUUUCGUGUUCCUAGCCAUAUUAUAUUAUAACAGACGAAUAUCGUGUUUAACCGAUUUUUAUUUUCAAACGAAACUGUGAUAAUGUGGGCGCAAUCGUUUAAUCGAAAUCCAAACGCGAAUGGCCCAUGUCCGUGUACAUCCUUUACUUCUGCACAACAAUAUAUUAUAAUGUUAAUAUACUAUUAACCAUUACCUUUAAUAUAAUAACUUUGUACUUUAUUUUGCUGGUUUAUAUUCAACGACGAUUCUAUACUUUUCGCUUGGUACUUAUAUAUAAUACGUGUCGGUUGUUGACUUGCAGUUGUACAUUGCGUAACGAGUACAAUUAAAUACAAAGUGUCUUAAAAGUCAUAUUAUUAUUAAAGUUAAUAACUUAUUAACGAUUAGUUUGUAAGUUUAAUGAAAUCUAAAAAAAAGUUCAAUAAGAAUUUUCAUUGUUCACUUGUACUAAUUUUUUGUUUGUGUUUUUUUUUUUUAAAG